AUGGCCAAAAAAGCUAUCGAUUCAAGAAUCCCGUCAUUGAUCAGAAAUGGUGUUCAAACCAAACAGAGAUCCAUCUUUGUCAUCGUUGGGGACAGAGCACGUAACCAGUUGCCCAAUUUACAUUAUUUGAUGAUGAGUGCUGAUCUUAAGAUGAAUAAGUCCGUACUAUGGGCCUACAAAAAAAAGCUUCUGGGCUUUACUUCGCACAGAAAGAAAAGAGAAAAUAAAAUCAAAAAAGAAAUCAAAAGAGGUACCAGGGAAGUAAAUCAAAUGGACCCAUUCGAAUCCUUCAUAUCUAAUCAAAAUAUUAGAUAUGUCUACUACAAAGAAAGUGAAAAAAUUUUGGGUAAUACCUAUGGUAUGUGUAUCUUACAAGACUUCGAAGCGUUAACUCCAAAUCUCUUAGCAAGAACCAUUGAAACUGUGGAAGGUGGUGGUAUUGUGGUUAUCUUGUUGAAAUCCAUGUCGUCUUUGAAACAACUUUAUACCUUGACGAUGGAUGUUCACGCCCGUUAUCGUACCGAGGCCCAUGGCGAUGUUGUAGCAAGGUUCAAUGAAAGAUUCAUACUAUCUUUGGGCUCGAAUUCCAAUUGUUUAGUCGUUGACGAUGAACUGAAUGUACUGCCACUAUCCGGUGCCAAAAACGUCAAGCCAUUGCCUCCCAAGGAUGACAAUGAAUUGCCUCCAAAACAAUUAGAAUUGCAAGAAUUAAAAGAAUCUUUGGAAGAUGUCCAACCAGCUGGCUCCUUGGUGGCCCUAUCGAAAACUGUGAAUCAAGCUCACGCUAUCCUGUCCUUCAUCGAUGCAAUUUCGGAAAAAACUAUGAAUUUUACAGUUGCAUUAACGGCUGGAAGAGGUAGAGGUAAAUCUGCUGCCUUAGGUAUUUCCAUCGCGGCUGCAGUUUCUCACGGUUACUCGAACAUUUUUGUGACGUCUCCAUCUCCUGAAAAUUUAAAAACACUGUUCGAGUUUAUUUUCAAAGGUUUCGACGCGUUAGGGUAUCAAGAACAUAUCGAUUAUGAUAUUAUUCAGUCUACCAAUCCUGAUUUCAACAAAGCCAUUGUUAGAGUUGAUAUCAAGAGAGAUCAUAGACAGACUAUCCAAUAUAUUGUUCCUCAAGAUCACCAAGUUUUGGGUCAAGCUGAAUUAGUCGUUAUUGAUGAAGCGGCUGCUAUCCCUUUGCCAAUCGUAAAGAACUUAUUGGGCCCAUAUCUAGUCUUUAUGGCAUCCACCAUCAACGGUUAUGAAGGUACCGGAAGAUCUUUAUCUUUAAAGCUAAUCCAGCAAUUACGUAAUCAAAACAACACAUCUGGUCGCGAAAGCUCUUCCACUGCCAUUACUUCAAGAAAUAGUAAGGAAAACGACACUCAUAUUCAGGCCCAUUCGCGUCAACUACGUGAAAUUGCCUUGGAUGAACCAAUCAGAUAUGCUCCUGGCGAUCCAAUCGAAAAGUGGUUAAAUAAGCUGCUAUGUUUAGAUGUUACUCUAAUCAAAAACGCAAGAUUUGCAGCAAGAGGGACGCCCCACCCAUCUCAAUGCAAUUUAUUUGUUGUUAAUAGGGACACUCUAUUUUCUUACCACCCUGUUUCAGAAAAUUUCCUGGAAAAAAUGAUGGCCUUAUACGUUUCAUCCCAUUAUAAAAAUUCUCCAAAUGAUUUGCAAUUAAUGAGUGAUGCUCCAGCGCACCAAUUAUUCGUUCUUUUGCCACCAAUUGAUCCAAAGGAUGGUGGUAGAAUUCCAGAUCCUCUGUGUGUCAUUCAAAUUGCAUUAGAAGGUGAAAUUAGUAAAGAAAGUGUCAGAAAUUCGUUGUCUAGAGGUCAAAGAGCUGGUGGUGAUUUGAUUCCUUGGCUAAUUUCCCAACAAUUUCAGGAUGAGGAGUUCGCCAGUUUAAGUGGUGCACGCGUUGUUAGAAUCGCCACUAAUCCCGAAUAUGCAUCCAUGGGAUAUGGCUCCCGUGCAAUUGAAUUACUAAGAGAUUAUUUUGAGGGCAAAUUCACAGAUAUGUCCGAAGAUGUUCGUCCUAAGAAUUAUUCUAUCAAGAGGGUGAGUGAUAAGGAACUGGCUAAAACCAAUCUCUUGAAAGACGAUGUUAAAUUGAGGGAUGCGAAGACAUUACCACCUCUAUUACUGAAGCUUUCUGAAUUGCCUCCCCAUUAUUUACAUUACUUGGGUGUUUCAUAUGGUUUAACGCAGUCGUUGCAUAAAUUCUGGAAGAAUAAUAAAUUUGUCCCAGUUUAUUUACGUCAGACUGCAAACGACUUAACUGGAGAACAUACAUGUGUUAUGUUGAAUGUUUUAGAAGGCAGGGAACCAGACUGGCUUGUCGAUUUUGCCAAGGAUUUCCGUAAAAGAUUUUUGUCACUUCUUUCUUACGAUUUUCAUAAAUUUACUGCCGUUCAGGCUUUAAGUGUUAUUGAAAGUAGUAAGAAAGCACAAGAUUUAUCGGGUCAUAAAAACUAUGAAACUAAAGAAUUGAGACGUACACAGCUGGAUGACAUUUUCUCACCAUUUGAUUUAAAGAGAUUGGACAGUUACUCAAAUAAUUUACUGGAUUAUCAUGUUAUUGUCGAUAUGAUACCAAUGCUUGCUCUCCUGUAUUUUGGUGAUAAGAUGGGCGACUCGGUAAAACUCUCUAGCGUGCAGAGUGCUAUCUUGUUAGCUAUUGGUUUACAACGCAAAAACAUCGAUUCAAUUGCCAAGGAAUUGAACUUACCUUCCAAUCAAACAAUUGCCAUGUUUGCCAAGAUUAUGAGAAAAAUGUCGCAAUACUUGCGCCAACUGUUGAGCCAAUCUAUUGAAGAAACUUUACCAGUGAUCAAAGACGAAACCAUUGCAGAAAUGGAUGGCGAGGAUGUCAAAAAAUACAAUGCCGCAGAAGCAUUAGACCAAAUAGAAGAUGAUUUGGAGGUAGCAGGAUCUGAAGCCGUUCAAGCUAUGAGAGAAAAACAAAAAGAAUUGAUCAACUCCUUGAAUUUAGAUAAAUACGCUAUUAACGACAACAGUGAGGAAUGGACCGAAUCCCAAAAGUCUUUAGAAAAGGCAGCUAAGGCCAAGGGCGUCGUCAGUUUAAAAACUGGUAAGAAGAGAACCACGGAAAAGGCUGAAGAUAUCUAUAGACAAGAAAUGAAAGCUAUGAAAAAGCCAAGGAAGUCUAAGAAAAACGAAAGCUAA